CUGAGUAUCACAACCAUGACUGAGGGGACGCACUUGCGGAGGCGGGGGGGCCCGUACAGGACGGAGCCGGCCACAGACCUGAGCCGCUGGAGGCUGACCAGUGCCGAGGGCAGACAGACCUGGCGCUAUGUGGAGGAUCAGGAAACCCCCGACAGGGAGCAGACCGUGAUGGAGGCUCACUCCCUCGGCAUCGACACGAGUGAGCUGGUGCCUGGAUCUCCGGCUGCGCACACGGCCGUGGACGUGGCCCUGAAGGGGAUGCACUUCUACAGUCACCUCCAGGCGGAGGACGGUCACUGGGCCGGGGACUACGGCGGACCUCUCUUCCUGCUCCCAGGCCUCCUGAUCACCUGCCACGUGGCUAAGAUCCCGCUGCCCGGGGCCUGGAAGAAGGAGAUGGUGAGGUACCUGCGCUCCGUGCAGCUGCCUGAUGGAGGCUGGGGUCUACAUAUUGAGGACAAGUCGACGGUCUUCGGCACAGCACUGAGUUACACGUCCCUGAGGAUCCUGGGACUAGAGCCUGAUGACCCAGAUAUGGUUCGAGCCAGAAAUAACCUGCACAGCAAAGGCGGUGCAGUGGGGAUUCCCUCGUGGGGCAAAUUCUGGUUGGCCAUUUUAAAUGUGUACAGUUGGGAAGGAAUGAACACGCUCCUGCCAGAGAUGUGGCUGUUCCCCACGUGGAUGCAGGCCCACCCCUCCACUCUGUGGUGUCACUGUCGCCAGGUCUACCUCCCCAUGAGCUACUGCUACGCUGUCAGACUGACGGCUGAGGAAGACUCCCUGGUGCUCAGCCUCAGACAGGAGCUUUAUGUCCAGGACUAUGCCUCCAUCAGCUGGCCGGCUCAGAGGAACAACGUGGCAGCAGGUGACAUGUACACAGCUCACAGCUCGCUGCUCGACGCUGCCUACAUGGUGUUGAAUGUGUACGAAGCCCAUCACAGCACCACCCUGAGAGGAAUGGCUGUCAGAGAGCUGUACGAUCACAUCCAGGCCGACGACCGCUUCACUAAGUGCAUCAGCAUCGGACCGAUCUCCAAGACCAUCAACAUGCUGGUUCGCUGGUACGUGGACGGCCCGACCUCCCCCGUGUUUCAGGAGCACGUGUCCAGGAUCCCAGAUUAUCUCUGGCUGGGGCUGGACGGGAUGAAAAUGCAGGGGACCAAUGGCUCUCAGCUGUGGGACACUUGUUUUGCCGUGCAGGCUUUCCUCGAGGCAGGAGCCCAGGACGACCCCCGGCUAUCGAAGUGCCUCCAGGACGCACAUCACUUUCUCACCAUAACACAGAUACCGGAGAAUCCUCCUGAUUACAAGAAAUACUACAGACAAAUGAACAAGGGAGGCUUCCCCUUCAGCACCCGGGACUGUGGCUGGAUUGUGGCCGACUGCACGGCCGAGGGCCUGAAGUCAGUGAUGCUGCUGCAGGAGCUGUGUCCCUCCAUCAGCCAGCAUGUCCCCUCUGAGCGUCUCUAUGACGCCGUCAACGUGCUCCUGAGCAUGAGGAACUCCGACGGGGGGUUUGCCACAUAUGAGACCAAGAGGGGGGGGAGACUCCUGGAGCUGCUCAACCCGUCCGAGGUGUUUGGUGACAUCAUGAUAGAUUACACUUAUGUGGAGUGCACGUCGGCGGUGAUGCAGGCCCUGAGCCACUUCCAGAAGGUCUACCCUGACCACCGGGCGGAGGAGAUCAGGUCCACUCUGAGAGCGGGACUGGAGUAUUGCAGGAGGGUGCAGCGGCCUGAUGGUUCCUGGGAAGGGUCCUGGGGAGUCUGCUUCACUUAUGGAAUCUGGUUCGGCCUCGAGGCCUUUGCGUGCAUGGGUCACGUCUACGAGGACGAGGAGGCGUGUGUGGAGGUGCAGAGAGCCUGCCGGUUCCUGCUGGAGUGGCAGAUGCCUGACGGAGGCUGGGGGGAGGACUUUGAGUCGUGUGAGCAGCGGCGCUACGUCCAGAGCAGCACGGCUCAGAUCCACAACACCUGCUGGGCUUUGCUGGGCCUCAUGGCCGCCAGGCAUCCUGACAGGCGGGCCAUAGAGAGAGGAGUCCAGCUGCUGAUUGACAAGCAGCUGCCCAAUGGAGACUGGCCACAGGAGAACAUUGCAGGUGUGUUCAACAAGAGCUGUGCCAUCAGCUACACCUCCUACAGAAACGUCUUCCCUGUUUGGACCCUGGGGCGCUUCUCAGCACUUUACCCCGACAGUCCUCUGGCUGGGAAGGGGAAGCUGUGAAGAGCGAUGACAGCAAAGACAGCGAAGACUAUGUGCAAGGACAAUAGGACAAAAUGUCCUCAGAUUCAAAUAUAACAACCACAAAGCUCAGACAAAGGAAAGUGUGUGUUUUUCCACUGUCACAGAACUUGAGUUGUGUUUUUUGAAGAUGAUUCCAUCAGAUAUGAUUCAUUCUUUGGAUUGUUUGUCUUAUCGACAUUCCAGCACAGCUCAUCUGCCAGAGCUGCACCUCACAGAGGUGCUGGGAUGAUGAGGUUCACUUCACCUGCUCUGGACUAUAAAGUGUAAAAGAAAAACAUUUAGAAUUUUAGAAUAAAGAGUUUUCUAUGGUAUUUUGUUCACAACGUGACUCGACUGAACUUGAAUGAAUUCAAACUAAAACAAC